AUGUCUAAUGUAUCACCAAAUUCUAUGAAUUUAAAUGGAUCAACAUCAUCGACAGCAUCAGUUAAUGAUAGUGGAGGCGGUGGUGGUGGUGGCAAUGUAACAUCUCCAACACUAUCAUCAUCAUCAGCAUCAUCAAUUAGUAAUAGUAAUAGUAGUAGUAGUAAUAAUUUAAAACCAUCAACACAACCAUUAUCAUCGUCAUCUACUUUAAAUACUCCAACACAAUUUUCACUUCAACAUUCUUCUUCAUCAUCUUCAUUAAAUAAUACAAAUAUUGAUAUAAUUGAACAUAUUACAAUUUCAUAUCAAGAUGAAUCAUCAAUUUGGAAAUAUAUUGAAGCAGAAUUACCAAAUCAUUUACCGUUAAAGAAUAUAUCAUGGAAAACUAAAACAGGACAUACAAAAGUAGUGGAGAAGAUGCCAAUUGAAAUAUUACAAUAUAAUGAUGAACGUGUAAAGGCACAUUAUGAUAAUCAAAAUCUAUACAAGAAACCAUACCUCUAUUUGUAUUUGGUACAUUGUGAUGAUCCUGAUACCUAUAAGAAUGUUGUACGUGCUAAAAUAAAACAAUGGGUAACUCAAAUGACUGAACGUCAACAAGAGUGGUUAAUAGUUUAUGUUUCAUUAGGUCCAAAAAGAUUUAGCGAAUUAACUUCAAAAUUAACAAGAACUGUUUUCGAUAGAAUUAAAAAUGAUUUCAAUGUUAAACGAGAUCGUUGUUGUCAAUUAAGAUUUUUAGAUACAAAUAAUACAAGCAGCGGCAAUAAUAAAGAUAAAGAUAAUGAUAAUGGUGGUGGUAGUAGUGGAACAGGUUUGUCAACAAGUACGAAACAACAAGAUGAUUUAUGGGAUGAUUUUCUAAUUAAAAUGAAAGAGGGUAUAAUUUCAUCAGCAGAACAAUAUUUAACAACCUAUGAAGAUGAAAUUAGAAAAAUGGAUGCAAAGAGGACAACACCAGGUUGGAGUUAUCAAAACUUUUUUUUCAUAAAGGAAGGUUUAGCAUUAAUCUAUGAACGUGCUCAAUUAUAUGAGGAUGCAUUAAUGCAAUAUUUUGAAUUGGAAGUACUUUUCGGUGAUCCAAAUAAUAGGUCACAAUUUGAUCAAAUCACUGAUGAAGUUUUACAACCAAAUAGUAUUCAUUGUAAUGGUAACAUUUUAGAUACUUCCUUUAAAAAUUAUAGAAAGUUAAUUUAUGAAAAUAAAAUUAGUUUAUUUGAUUUUAAAGUUUAUUUAUUUGCAAGACAAUCAAAAUUAUUAUUUUUAUUACAAAAACCAAUUGAAGCAGCAACGAAAUCAAUAUCAUUUAUUACAUCAAUGUCAAUGAUAAUUAAACAAUAUCCAAAUUCAUUUGCACCAAUGUUUAAAGAAUCAUGGAUAUUCAGUACAAGUAUGGAAUUGAUUAAAGCAUGUCAAGAUUCAUUCGAUAAGAUUGUAAAUGGUGCUCAACAACAACAACAGCAACAGCAACAACAAUUACAACUUCAACAACAAUUACAACAACAACAACAGCAACAAACUAUAAAUGGUAGUGCACAAAAAGUUGUGAAAUCAAUUAGUUCAACUACACCCAUUUCAAAAUUAUUUGGUGCAUUUGGACCUUUUGGUAGUAGUAGUAGUAAUACACCAUCAUCGACAUCAGCAACUACAGCAGCAAAUGGUAAAAAUACACCAAUGCCAAGUAAUAGUGGUAUAGCUUCAUUAAGUGCAGGUGGAUCAACGAUUAUAGCAGGUUUAUCAGGUUCACAAUCUUUAAACAAUUUACAAUCUGCACAAUUAUCAGGUGCUUUAAAUACUCAACAUUAUAUUCGUACACCUUCUUUAAAUUUAACAAGUGAUCUCUCUGAAAGAUUAACUGAAAAACAAGAUAGAGAAAGUUUAGAUUUUUUAGUUGGUGAUUUAUUAUUUAGUUCAGCUCAAAGAUUAGAAGAAUUGGCAAUAAUUAUUGGAUAUUUACCAGUUGAUGAUUAUAAUAGUGAAAUGUUCUUUCAAAAUGUAGAAGAAGUUAUAUUUAAGAGUGUAGAGAAUAAAAAGAUUGAAGUUGAUUCAAUGACAGCAUUUAGUUAUCAGCCAUUACAAGUCUCACUUCAAUCAUCGAAACAAUUCACUCAACUUUAUUUCGAAUUGUUAGGUCAAAUUGAGAAAUUGUAUAUUCAAUCUAAUAGAAUGAGAAGUAUUAGUAGAUUAACAUUUGCAAUUGCAAAUUUAAAUUUCAAAUUAAAAGAAUUUCAAAUUGCAGAGAAUCUUUUCAAAUCAAUUUCAAAUCUUUACUCUAGAGAACAUUGGUCCUAUAUAGAAUAUGCCGUUAAAACUAGAUUAUCCUAUUGUCAAAAGCAGUUGGGUCAUUUAGUUGAUUAUGUAACAACUUGUGUUGGUUUAUUAGCUCCUGGUUUAUUAACAAAUAGAUUUGAAAAAGAUCAUUAUUUAUCUGAAAUUAUUCAAAUUUCUCGAAAACCUGAAUUAAAUAUUGUUCAACCAAUGAUACCAUUAUUUAAAUGUAAAGUUACAUUUAAAGAAACAGUUUAUAGAUAUUUUGAAACAAUUAAAAUCAAUGUUAGAAUAAAGAGUAAUUUAAUAUCACCAAUUAGAUUUAAUAAUGGUGCAGUUAGUUUUGUAAAGAGUGGUUUCGGUGAUAAAUUAGUAUUUCAAUUGAAUGAUUUCCUUGUUGAACCAGGUGUAAACAAUUUCCAAUUCACAGCAGUUGGUACAACUAAAGCAACCUUUGUUAAAGAUUCAAUUUGGUUAAAAAUUGAUAACCUUUCAUUUGGUUAUUCAUUACGUAAUGCUGAUACAGCUAUUGGUGGUGGUGGUGGUGGUACAAAUACAACAACAACUACAUUACCAGGUGAAAUUAAAGUUAUUGAUAGUGAAUCACAAAUAACUUUAGAAUCAUUUGCAAAUAGUCCAUUAUUAUUUUAUAGUAUUCAAUAUGUUGGAAUUAAAUUACAUACUCAUUCCGAUACGAUUGAAGCGGGUGUAUUAACAUUCACUUCACCAACUGGUGCAACUAUAAUACCAACUUCAUCAGUAAUCAUCAUACAGAGUGACGAUAAAACUUGUGAAACUUCCUCAAGAACAAUAAAUUUAAUUAAUGAUAAGUUACCAUUAUCUCAAAUUGGUUAUAAUCAAACAUUGGAAUUCUAUUUACCAUUGAUGGCUGUAAAUACCGAUACUUGCACUCAUCAAAUUAGAAUCGAAUUACAACAUCAAAAACAAACCAAAGAAAAAUUUUCAUCAUCAUUGGUCUCUUCAAUUUUAUUCAUUAAUCCAUUGACAAUCGAUGAAUCUGUCAUUAAUGUAAAUAAUAGAUUAUUCUUAAAAACUAUUAUACAAUGUAAUUCUCCAAAUAUGAUUCAAUUUAAUUCUUAUUCUUUAGAAGGUUGUGAUUCAGAAUAUCAAUCACCUGAACAACAACAAUUACAACAACAAUUACAACAACAGCAGCAAUUAUCAUUAUCAUCUUCAAGUUCAUCAAUCUCAUCAAUCUCUUCAAAAUCUUCACAACAACCAAAUUUAUAUUAUUUAGUAAAAGAUCAUAAUCAUUCAUUAGCACCAAAUUUAAAUUUAUACCCUGGCCAAUUAGUUUCAUUAAUUUUUGAAAUUAAAAAGUAUGAAAAUGAAUCUUUAUCAUCAUCAACAUCACCUUCAUCAGCAACUGAUAGUAGUAAUAGUAAUGGAAACAAUAACAACAACAACAAUAACAACAACCAUAGUAAAAAUGAUUUGAAAUUAAAGAUAAAAUAUACAAGUAAAAUGCCUCAACAAGAUUUAGAUAGACCAUUAAUUAGAGAAUGUAAAUCAUUAUGGAGAGAUCAAAACGAAUUUAGUUGGCCAAUUAAAAUCGAGCUUCCAACUUAUCUUUAUCAAAUAGAUCUAUCAAUUCAAAGUAGGGCUUAUGUUGGUACAAUAGUUCUUUUUGAAAUUGAAAUUACAAAUUUAAAACAACAACAACAACAACAAAAAGAAAGUAAUAAUGAUAACGGUAAUGAAAAACAACAAAAACAACAACAAUUACAAUAUCAUAUAGUUGCUGAUUCACAAAUUUGGAUGAUAUCUGGUAAGAGUAAACAUACAUUUUCAUUUAAUAGUGAUACAGUUGGUGAAAAGCUUAAAUUUAGUUGUGGUUUAAUUCCAAUCUCCUCUGGCUCAUUACCAAUUCCAAAAGUAACUUUAGUCGGUAUAAAUAAUUCAAAUAUUUCUUAUCCAAAAACUAAAAAUGAAAAGAUAUUCGUUUAUCCAUCACCACAAAUUUAUUCAUGUCAUCAAUUACAAGAUAAUAAUAAUAAUAAUAAUAAUAGUAUUAAUAGUCAAACUAGUACAAACAAAACAUAA